AUGCUAAGAAUCUCGAAUCAAGUUGCAAUAAAAAGAACGUUAACUAAAACAAACUUUUUAUACUUUAAAAGAUACUCUUCAACACAACCAGUAACAAUCUAUACCGGUCCCCUGGCUAAUGUUGCAAAAAAACUUAAAUUGUUCUCUAUUACUUCACUUGGCUUAGGUGCUGGCAUUUCUCCAUUUGUGUUUGCAAUUGAUGUGCCUGUACCUUUUAUAGCCAAAGCUAUGUUAGUUGGAGCAGCUGUUGUAACAAGUGCUGCUUCUACAGGCCUCAUUCAAUGGGUCAUGUCACCCUAUGUCACUAAAAUCACAAUACCAAAACAAGUCAACGAUAAUGACGAAUUACCUAAAGAGCUAAAUAUUCAUACACUUUCUUUUACAGCCAAAGAUUAUGUUACUACAGUUCCUUUAGAUGCUAUUGGACCCGCAAGUCGUAUUUUUACCAGCUGGAUGAUUACGGAUCCUCAGACUGCAACAGGACAAAUUGGAAAAAAGGUAAUAAAGCCCAAAACAUUAUUGUAUAUACAUCCUGAAUUAUGUCAAGAUGAGACAAACAUAAUGAAGAAAAUUGUUGAUAAAACUGGCAUCGGAAAAGGAUUUUAA